CUUCGUCGGUGUGCUAGUGGUAGUGAUUUUCGUCUAGUGGUACCGCUACCAGAUCUGGAAUAUGAAAAAUCAGAGAUUUGGAAAAAAAUCAGGGGAUGAGGAAAGGGAAAGGCAGGGGAGAGGCGGUGACCUCGCGGCGGCACCGUGAAGACGAGAGGUGGUGGUUGGCGGAGGAAUGGGGAGGCAAAGGCGGCGACGACGGUGGUGGUGUAAAGAUGGCGGCAGACACGGUAGGGGCGACGAGGGCAGCGUGGUGCGGCAAGGGCGAUUGGGGCAACGUGGCCCUGCUAGGGGCGGCGGGGACAACGUCAGCGUGAGGACAACGGGAGGAAGGCGACGACGACAACGGUGUUGGAGGUCGCCGAUGGAGCUUUUUGGCUGCUAGGGUUUUUUGUUAGAGAUAGGCGAGAGGGGAAGAGGAGGGAAAAGAAGGGAAUGGAGAGAAGGGGGUCUGUUUUUUUUUUUUUUUUUUUUUUUUUUUGCUAAUGAAGAGUAUUUAGAUGG